GCGCGCUCUGGGGGGCUCGGAGGGGCGCGGCCGCGGGCAGACCCUCGGGCCGGGCGAGGACCUGACGCCUCCCUUCCCCGCCCCCUUUUGUGUUUCCCCCCAGACCGGCCGGCCGCUGGGGGAGCCGCGGCCGCCCCCGCGUCGGGGGUCGUUGCCUCCCAUCCUCCGGGCCGCGGGAAGGAAGAGGCGGCGGCGGCUGCAGCCGGGGCGGGCGGCGUGAGGUGAGCGCCGGCCGGCCCCGCUGGGAAUAUGGCGACCGGUGGCUACCGGGCUGGCAGCGGCGGCAGCGGCAGCACCACCGACUUCCUGGAGGAGUGGAAGGCGAAGCGCGAGAAGAUGCGCGCCAAGCAGCCCCCCGCCGCCGCCGCCGCCGCCGCCUCGGGGUCCCCGCCGGCCCGGGGCGACCAGGAGGAGCGGGACGGCUCCCCGGAGAAGGGCAAGAGCUCGGGCCCCAGCGCCAGGAAAGGCAAGGGCCAGAUCGAGAAGAGGAAGCUGCGGGAGAAGCGGCGCUCCACCGGCGUGGUCAACAUCCCCGCCGCGGAGUGCUUAGAUGAAUAUGAAGAUGAUGAAGCAGGGCAGAAAGAGCGGAAACGAGAAGAUGCAAUUACACAACAGAACACGAUGCAGAAUGAAGCCGUAAGCUUAUUAGAACCAGGCAGUUCAUAUUUGCUACAAGAGCCAUCUAGAACAGUUUCAGGAAGAUACAAAAGCACAACCACUGCCUCUGAAGAAGAUGUUUCAAGUAGAUAUCCCCGAACAGAUAGAAGUGGGUUCAGCAGAUAUAACAGGGAUGCAAAUGCUUCAGGUAAUUUGGUCUCAAGUAGCACAUUGGAAAAGAAAAUUGAAGAUCUUGAAAAGGAAGUAGUAAGAGAAAGGCAAGAAAACCUAAGACUUGUGAGACUAAUGCAAGAUAAAGAGGAAAUGAUUGGAAAACUCAAAGAAGAAAUUGAUUUGUUAAAUAGAGAUCUAGAUGACAUAGAAGAUGAAAAUGAACAACUAAAGCAGGAGAAUAAAACUCUUUUGAAAGUUGUUGGGCAACUAACAAGGUAGAAGCUUCAAGGCUCAGUGUGGAAAAAAAUUUUAAAACUACUGAUUGAAUGUUAUGGUUAAUGCUAGGACAAUAUUCCUAUGCUGCAAUACAUUAAACUAACUAAAUAUUGUAUAUUUAUUUCUUGAAAACAGUGGAUGUUUAUUUGCAAAAUAUUUCUUUUUCAUUAUUAGUUUCAAAAUGUCAACCUUUUAUUUCACGAAUAAGUAACAUCUUUCAGUUAUUAAAAUGAUAGGUUAUGCCUCUUUUGGUUUUGUGUGGUAUUCAAAUAAUAUGUGGUUUAAAGUCACAACCAUUUGAAUAUAUUUUAUCUGUGGUAGUGCAUUUUUCUCCCUAAAGUAAUAUACAUAGUCUUUGUUUACAUGAAUUUAAAUACUUUUGGGGAGUUACCUGCAAAUGCCUUAUUACUGAUGUGUGCAACCUUUUAUGUGUUGGUGAUUUAGUCAUAAAGGUCUUUGUCUGCUGUCAUUUGUUCUUGCAAUUUAUUCUGAGCAAUUUAGAAUAAUAUAGAGGCACACUAUUUUAUAUAAGUCAUCUUUAAAAAGGAAAACUAUUAUAAAAAGUCACUUAAUAUCAUGUACUAGUUGGCUAAAUAUAGAAUUUAAAAGAAUACUUGAAUUGUGCUAUAGUAAAUUAAAAUGUACUAUUUUGUAUUUGAAUAUUGAAAAAAAUUUUAAAUCAUUUUAACUUCUGAAAAAUAUACAAUUGUAAUUUUAAUGUAGAAUUUCUUUUGUGGGUACUACCUUUUUUAUUAUUCCAAGGUUUAUAAGUGAACACGGGAUAUUUAAAAGUUGUUUUAUUCAUCAAGCCUGGAGAAUGUGUACAAUUUCAGUGUAUAAGAAAAAAAUCCAUUUUUUAAUUAUAUGCAUUAAAAUCAAAACCAAAAUAUUUAUACAUACUUAAAACAUUUAUACUUAACAUUAACAAAACAGUACAUAAACAAAAAUAGUACUAAAUACCUAAUUUCUAACUUUGAGAAUAACACUGUGACACAGUUGUUCUCACGUGAGAGAAUUAUUCCCCUACCUCAAAUUUAAGGGAUUUUUUCCCUAACAUUGGAUUUUUGAAGACAGAGUUAUUUUGAAGACUUAUACAAAUUUUCUCUUCUAUUAAAUAUCGUUAGUGUUUAGAAUUGUUUUAUAUUACAUUUUCAUAUUGAGUAAGGAAACCCCCUCCUUUAAAAUACAUUAACAUUAAGAAAUGUCUGCGUGAGAGUUGAGUCUCAGACAGUAUAUACUGAUACCCUUUUAUCCGAUUAAUGUACAUAAGUGACUUGAACACAGUAAAAUCCAUUUUGGGUACCCUGCUGACUCUUUUUUCCUUCACUUGCCAAGCCCCUUCAUUAUUCACUAAUAGAAAAAUAGGGAAGGAGAGACAGUUGGAAAAACUGUAGAGUAAAUGAUAAAUAUCAGAGGUUGAAUUCUAAAACUUUGUGCAGUUGCCUAGAUUGGCUCCCCACCUUCCCACUUCAGAAGUUUCAAUCUUGGCUGAUCAGAAUCACUUGAGUUGCUUAAAAAGAAUUCCCUGGCUGUAGCUUCUAGAUAAGUUUAGGUUGAGACCCUAGAC